UGUGUUCGGCUCACAUCUGUUGGCCUGCUAGUGUCAUCGUCAUGUGAAGAUUCGUUUACAUGGACAACUUACGUCAUUUGCUGAGUUCACUUUAUAAGAUAUAAUUAUAACGAGUAUAAUAGAAAUUUAGAUUACUACUAGUAAUGUACUGACAUGUAACAUAGUCGAAGAUUCUCUUUAUAUUUCGAGUAUUUACAUUUCCCUUGACAAGUAAAAAAAACCCAGUGCUCGUUAAAAAUGAGUUUCUUUAAAAUAUUCGGUGGUAAAAAAGAAGCUGGAGCUCCGACAACAGCUGAGGCAAUACAAAAAUUGCGAGAAACGGAAGAAAUGUUAAUUAAAAAACAAGAUUUCCUCGAAGGAAAGAUAGUACUUGAAAUUCAAACAGCCAGAAAACAUGGCACAAAGAACAAACGAGCGGCUAUUCAAGCGUUGAAAAGAAAAAAGCGCUAUGAGAAGCAACUGCAACAAAUAGAUGGAACGUUGUCAACAAUCGAGAUGCAGCGGGAAGCAUUGGAAAGUGCUAAUACAAAUACUGCAGUACUGACAACAAUGAAAAGUGCUGCAGAUGCUCUUAAAGCUGCACAUCAACACAUGGAUGUCGACAAAGUCCAUGACAUGAUGGAUGACAUAGCAGAACAACAGGACGUUGCUCGUGAAAUUUCAGACGCAAUCUCAAAUCCUGUUGCAUUCGGUCAGGAUAUAGACGAAGACGAGUUAGAAAAGGAAUUAGAAGAAUUAGAACAAGAACAACUUGACAAAGAAUUGCUUGGCAUUGAAAAUACGGACGAACUGCCAGCGGUGCCGGCAACUGCGCCCGCAGUGCCAGCUAAAGUGCGCUCAAAACCAAAACCAGUCGAAGAGGAUCCUGACUUAAAGGAAUUGGAAAUGUGGGCCACGUAAAAUUUAUUUUAACCAGCUUUUAGACAACAUUUGUGGAGCCACUCUGAAGAAUUAUAAUUUUAAUAUAUCUUUCAAGAUAAUCGUAUGAAUAAUUAAACGUUAUUUUUUUAUCGCUAUUAAAGUUUUAAAUACAUUACUAUAUAAGAAGUAACCGUUAAAAGAAUACUUUUAUUUUUAUUUGACGUUCAUUACUUAACAUCGCACCAUGUGCUACUUUAUUAUAAAACCAAAAUCAAAUGCAUAGUUUCAUGAACGGUUUCAACUCAUGUUUCCACUUUGGCUUAUGCUUUUAUUUUAGAGUUGAGCACAACUAAUAUAUUUUGUCGUUAAACUUUACGACUAGAAAUUUUAUUCUCUUUCGGAAAAAUAAACAAUUUUUGAAAAUUAA